AUGUUCUGCGCUGGCCGAGUGCCCGAAGAGGAUCUCCGGCGAACGCAGCGCGCGUGUGGCGGCGCCGUGCUGACGUCAGUUCGGGAGCUGACGCAGUCGUCGCUCGGUCACUGCCGCGCGUUUACUGAGAGGCAGGUCGGCGGAGAGCGGUAUAAUAUAUUCACUGGUAAGUGUGUGGUUCUGACGUCACGCUGUAGCUCACCAGGCGCCGUGCUGACGUCAGUUCGGGAGCUGACGCAAUCGUCUCUGGGCCACUGCCGCGCUUUUACUGAGCGACAAGUUGGUGGAGAGAGAUACAACAUCUUUACUGGUGAGUGUGGGGUUCUGACGUCACCCUGUAGCUCACCAGGCGCCGUGCUGACGUCAGUUCGGGAGCUGACGCAGUCGUCGCUCGGCCACUGCCGCGCCUUUACUGAGAGGCAGGUCGGCGGAGAGAGAUACAACAUCUUUACUG